CAUCGGCAGUCACAAACCCUAACCCAGAGUUUUCAUCUCAGGUGAAAUCUGAGGGAAGGAAAAAUAUAAUUUCCUAACAAUGAGUAAGCUUCAGAGUGAGGCAUUGAGAGAAGCUAUCACUCAAAUCUCUAAUGAUGCCAAGGAGAAGAAGCGUAAUUUCACUGAGACUAUUGAGCUGCAGAUUGGGCUGAAAAACUAUGAUCCCCAGAAGGACAAGCGUUUUAGUGGUUCUGUGAAAUUGCCUCACAUCCCUCGUCCCAAGAUGAAGGUGUGCAUGCUUGGUGAUGCUCAGCAUGUGGAAGAGGCAGAAAAGAUAGGUUUGGAAUACAUGGAUGUUGAAGGGCUAAAGAAGCUUAACAAAAACAAGAAAUUGGUUAAGAAGCUUGCGAAGAAAUACCAUGCUUUCUUAGCUUCAGAAGCUGUCAUUAAGCAGAUUCCCCGUCUCUUAGGACCCGGUUUGAACAAGGCAGGGAAGUUCCCUACCCUUGUCAGUCAUCAGGAAUCCCUUGAGUCUAAAGUUAAUGAAACCAAGGCCACAGUUAAGUUUCAAUUGAAGAAGGUGCUCUGCAUGGGAGUUGCUGUUGGUAACUGCAGCAUGGAGGAGAAACAGAUAUUUCAAAACGUACAGAUGAGCGUGAAUUUCCUUGUUUCAUUGUUGAAGAAGAAUUGGCAAAAUGUGAGAUGCUUGUACCUGAAGAGUACCAUGGGGAAGCCGGUCCGCAUCUUCUAAGGAGUUCUAUUUUGUUUUAGCUGUUCAACGAGAAUAUUUGUACGAGCUACAUUGUUAAAAGUUCCCGAGAAUGGGAUUUUUUCUUUUUGGUUAGCUACUAUGUUGUUGCUGUGACUGUCUUGAAUGCGACAAAGAUCAUAUUGGUUGUUUUGUUUAAUUCCAAUUUUGAGAUGAACCAGAAUCAUGAUGUUUUCUGCUCUGCUUUACCCC